UAAAACGGUGGGUGGAUCCAUUACACUCCAUUCAGAGACAAGAAUUGAUCCGGCGGAGACCCGAAGCAUCUCGCUCUCUGGAUAGGCUAUAAACUUAGACGUGAAACCGAUUCCCUGGCAUUCGCUGGGCAUCGAGUCGUGCUCAGGACGUGGACAUAACCGCUCCCAGUUUCUCUGUUCGUUUGUUCCGCUGAUCCGAAUGAUGCGCUGUUUCGGCGACUUUCGGCAGAGUAUCUAUCGUUCUCGCUCUGUCUUCCUCCACUCCAGAUGGUGCGUGCAAAACUAAACGUGAUCAGGAAGGGUUUCGUAGACAAUUUGUUGAACGGUGCUCUACGAGAUCGGAGAUUCCGAAGUCUUUUUUGCAGUGUUGCCUUGAGGCAUCGACAGCUUCUUGCGCCUCAGAGACUUUUAGGAAUAUAACGCAACGACAUACCGGAGGGAUGCGCAAUUUUACUGGCACUUAGACGGGUAGACUUUACUACCUGAAUUAACGUAGCCUCACUACACGUCCUCUCAUCUUCCACUUCCUCUUACCUGAGAAUUCUACAGAUCAACACAGAUCGUGAGGCUUCAAUAUUAAGCUGAACAUUUUUUUCAGUACUUUAUGCACGGCAGUGAUCAGUAGGCGCCCACUCCAUGGUAUGAAACUGACACAUCCCUCACGGGUGACGCUGAUCUUUAUCUAGCGGGACUUAGCUACGGAGACGCGAAGCUGAUAAGACUCAUCGGCUCAGUGUUUGUGUCUGGACAGGCAAGCAGGUGAAGUGUGGCUGGGAGAUCAACAACAUGUGCUGGACGGAGAUGUUCCUACGGGCCCGGCGGAGGAUGCGCUCGCUGAUCUCUUGUCUGCCCUGCUGCUUCUGGUUUCUACUGCUGUUCGGCACGGGGGGCCUGGUGCUUUUCAUCCACUUGGAGGACCUCUCCGAGAUGGUCCAGCUGGGACCAGAAGGGAAGUUGAGUGACACCACGCGGGAGGUGAGAGGGAGCAAUGAGGGCCUUAAGAGUCCCAUCCCGCCGAUGCAGUUCCCUGCGUUUGAGCCUGUCUCCCCGGGGCCGCCCAGCCACGACGCAGACUCUUCUCAGGUGACCAAACGCCACAGAAAGCUCUUGAAGACCAACCCUGUGAUGCGAUCCCAGGGCAAAGCUUCCUUCCUUCCUCCUUUAUCCUCCUCCGACUCCUCUUCCUCCUCCUCCGCUGAUCCUUCCUCCAGCCAGAGCAGCUUGGAGACCUCCCGUGUCCUGGAGGCGCGGCGCCGCUGGGUCAGAGAGGUGUGCGCCAAGUACAAGACCAAGAUCCCGCAGAACAUCACGCCACAGCGAGUCUCCCGCAUAUUUGUGGAAGACAAGCAUAAGAUCCUGUACUGUGAGGUGCCCAAGGCGGGCUGCUCCAACUGGAAACGGGUCCUGAUGGUCCUAGCAGGCAUCGCUAACAAUGUCACAGGGAUCAAGCACAACGCCGUCCACUACGGCAACCACAUCCGGCAACUGGACAGCUACAACCGGGAAGGGAUUGCUUACCGCCUACGGAACUACACCAAAGUGCUGUUCGUGAGGGAGCCCCUGGAGAGACUGGUCUCGGCCUACCGGGACAAGUUUGAGAGCCCCAACAACUACUACCACCCGGUGUUUGGACGGCCAAUCAUCAACCGUUACCGUGUCAACGCCUCCAAGGAGGCUCUGCGCACUGGCAGCGGCGUGACGUUCCCCGAAUUCAUGCAGUACCUGCUGGAUGUGCACAAGCCCGUGGGUAUGGACAUCCACUGGACGCCUGCCAACCACUUGUGCCACCCCUGCCUGGUGGACUAUGACUUUAUCGGGAAGUUCGAGACCAUGGGGGAGGAGGUCAACUUCGUGCUCCACCGGAUAGGGGCACCAGCAAACCUCACCUUCCCCACCUUCAAGGACAGGAACCCCUCAGCGGAGAGAACUUCCUUAAAAAUAAUGCAGCGGUACUUUGCACAGCUCAAUGCCGCUGACUUGCAACGAGUCUAUGACUUCUACUAUAUGGACUACCAAAUGUUUAAUUACUCUAAGCCCUUCCAUGAGUUGUACUAAAAAUAUUGUCCAUUACUUAAUCCUUUCCCUGUCAGAUCUGCAUACCCUCUCCUAACUAUUUCUCUGACAUUAUAUCAUUUUAAGCUGCAAGGAGCAGUGUUACGCAACACUGUCAAUUCAAACUACGCAAACUACAAGAGUAAGACUAACUAACAAUAACUAACCAAUUGCUGUCUUUACUCUCUGAUGGAGAGAUGUCGAGACUGCUGCUUAAAUCUCACCAGGUCUGAAACAUGAUCUCUCUUCCCAUCUCUUGUCUUCUCUUCAGUUCCCAUUUAAGGUAGAACCUCUUACCAUUUAGACACAUGCAGCCAGAAUGACACAAUUCAGUUGAUACCCUGCUACUCCAAAGAAACUGAAAGGGGACCGUAAGGACCCCCGAGAGGCAGCUCACAGAGCUGGCCUGGAUCCGAUGAAUACCGGAGUCGGUUGGCCUGUGGGGAAUUUUAGGAGUAAAGCAUAUCCCCAAUCCAUCACCCCCCACACCACCACCACACAUAGUGUAGGUAAUCCACCAUUGUACCCUUUAGCAAAUACACACCUGGGAAAAAAAACACUGUCACAAAGCCUUUACUGACAACUAUUUUGGUGAAAAAGGGCAUUCAGAAAACUAUAUAUAUUAUAUUCUAUUUUUAUAUGUAUUUCUAUGAUGGGUUAAUGGGGAUGAUGGUUUUGAGCUUAAUCAAAUCUUUGUAUGAGUGUAUGUAUGUUUGUGAGGUUGUGUGUGUAUUUCUUGUUUUCCUCACUAAACAUUUCAUUAAUUUGAAGUUUCACUUUAAAUGUACUCUGACCUGACCGUUCGCUCAUUCAGUUGUUGACCUAUUCUCUUUCCCUUGAUUCAAUGUCCCUGUAAAGCGAUGGUAGGACAUGCUGGUUUCGGACAGUACGCCUCUCAGUCAGACCACAGUGGGCCACCACUUACAUCACCUCGGAAAGAUAGAGGUAGAUAGAGAGGAUAGACGGAGACAUACACAAAUAGACAAGGAGACCUCAGCGUACCAUGGCUGCAGCUUUAUCAAUUCAUUAGAGGACGUGAGUGCAUGAGUGAAAGAGUGUGAGGAAGACAGUGGUGGCAGGAAACAGUGAGAAAAUGAGAAGAGUGAUCAAAAGAGAAGAGGAUGAUGGAGAGAGAGAACAAAAGAGAAUCCCUCACAGCAGGUUUUAUUCUAAUCUUACCUAUCCAAGUCGUCUAUAUGGCUGUGGUGAUCUGCUUUCAUCCCUCUCUGCUUCUUAAAUCACCCGAGAGAGAGAGAUAGGACGACAGGCAGACAGAGAGAGUAUGAGAAAGAGAGAGAGAGAGAGAGAUAGGACGACAGGCAGACAGAGAGAGUAUGAGAGAGAGAGAGAGAGGACGACAGGCAGAUAGAGAGAGUAUGAGAAAGAGAGAGAGAGCUGGCCCAGCUGGCCAACAGCCCAGACAUGAGAGAAGCUCUCCACGUUCAGAACGAAGGACUUUGAGCUUUGUGCGUCUCAACAGUCUUUGGCUUGUGGCACAUGAUCCGGUGCGAGGGCUCUCCUCUCCAGCACGAGAUCAGAGCCAAGAGCUCAGAGCAGGCUGAGGCAGACCGGAGCGCUGACGUGCUAACACCACUGCCAGCAUCGCCCUCCGAACAAUCCACUACUGCAGUGUACAUACAUACUGUAUGCUAUCACCAUAUUUGUUGAUGCUGCAGCUGGAAUAUAGUUAUUUCUUAAUCCCCCACGUGUGUAGUCUGGAAAACAGUAUUAAGUACUUGAGGAAAAGGCCAGUUUGAGAAUGUAUUUAAUGCUGUAAACAAGUAACAAGUUGUGGCUGCAGUCUAUUGGUAGACCAAAGGAAAGGACACAGCUUCCAAAACGAUCACGUUUGAUAAUUCACUAGUAGCAUAGUUUAGCACAGUGCUAGGUUUAGCAGGAAUCUAUUUUCCUAACCAGUUGCAGUUCAGUCUGAUCCAGCCAUCCUUUGUCUGUCUAGUCCAAAAUCCACCAUUUGUUGCUAUCCCACAAUCACCUGCCACCAGGCCAGGAAGAUAAACUUGUAUUCUUUGAAUGUAACUCGGUAACAAAAUGGUUGUACAUCUAUAGUAGACUUCUGUGAAUUCUGUUGAUACGUAUCAACAAGACGUAUCAUGCAAACACUAUCUUGUUGAGAUAGUAAGGGGUCAAUGUCAAAUAAGCCUAGUCAGUUGUUUAGCAAAGAUUUGAAUUGCAGUGUAAGACACAAAAACGUAAUGACUUUGCAUUAACAGAGUAGCCAGUUUGUGUCUUGCUCAAAAUCAGGUGAUUUGGCAGUUCCAAAAGUUAGGUCUUAAUGUGAUAUCACCCCCUUUUUCUGCAUCUGUAAGUUCUUGAAGUUGUGCCAGUACACGUCAGACAGUCUACAGACGUGUUAUUCACUAAUGUGCAGGGCACAUGUACGUGCAGGGCACACAAGUAGCACUAUUUAUUUUCUACAUUACCAAGGACAAACAAAUGCACAUUAUCUACAUUCUAUUUUCCGUUAUUUUCAUAUUUAAGUAUAUUUUUGAAUGAGAGAGAGUAAAUAUAUAAUAAAGUACAUAUAAUGAAGGAAUAUAUUACAGAGACAAAUACAGUAUAUAUCAGAUUCUAGUGAUGUAGUGUGUUGGCUUUGCCACCCCCCUUCCCCCUUCAGAAAAAAAAAGUCUGAGGAUUCUGUGGAGCGCCGGGUUUUUGGCUUAAAUCUUUGGGUUGGGUGUUGCAUAAAUCUACAUAAAUGCUAAUCCCCUACCUGCGUUCUCGUUUGUGGGGUUGUUUUGGGAGUAACUGUCAAUGCACUAAAGAUAUAUCAAAACUAUGUAAGGUAACAAGUGAAUGUAUUAUCUAUCGUAGGUGCAAAAGUGUACAAAGUCAUGGUCUCAAGCCCUUUGCCUUAUUUGACACUGCCAAUCAAAAAGUGUAUAUCAGGAAGACCUUUUUCAGGUGGCUGGUUUAUUUCUGCUGGGUGUCUAUGAAUAAAUGUUUUGUCUGCUUUUAA